CGGAGCAACAGGCAGCAACCGAUCGGUAGUUCGGCGAGUCCGCGUUCGUUCAGCUGAGAACUUUCGAUUUCAUCGAGUUGAUCAAAACAACGGCGGAACUUUACUGUGAUCUAAACAGUUUCCGAGAAACCGAGAAACGAGAUUCACUGUUCGAAUUGUUCGUCGCGUUACCGGAGGUUCCGGAAGUGUGAUCAUAUAUGACAACAUUAGACUAGUGGAAACUUCGGGUGUACCGGAGGCUGGACACAGGUUCGAUUCAAUACCCGUUCGUCGAACGUCCGCCCAGUGUGAAAGUACUUGAUUUUAUUUUUGGCCAACAGGAAAGGAACAAAAUCAUGAAUGUUUAAGUGGUAAUUGGCCUUAAUUUGACCUCGGCACCGGAAAAUGUGCUAAAUUCUGGGCCAUAACUUCCGUGAGCGUCGAUCAAUCCUCCAGAAGACUCUACAAGGCCGCCCUUUGCCUUCGAGGGGGGGGGUUGGGAACAACAGCAACCGAAGAAAGAAGAAGUAGUAGUAGUAGAAAUGAUCGGUUUGGUCCAAUUCAGUAGUGAAAGUCGCUAAAAUUAAGCCACGAACAAGUGCUGCAAAGACUUCUUGGUGUCAACGGAACCAGACCGGGAGAAGUCGUGAAAAGUAGACCCGAGGACGGUACCAUUUUCCUGUAAUUUGGAUUAAUGUGAAACGAUUGGUUUGAAGCCGACUGCCCCGACUGUUGAUUGGUUCGCUUUCUAGCCACAAACCGACCGUCCGACCGACCAACCAACCAACAAGAAGCAAGUGUCACGGCAAGCCAUUAACGUCGGGCUGUAGCGGGGGCAAAGUGAGAUCCCCCAGCGAAAAAAAGUGACUAAAAAUGCAAAUUCUUCCGUGGAGACAGUGAACGGACGGAAAUCGCAGUGCAAAAAAAAACAUAUAAAUAUAUUCAAAUCCCUCCGCACGCCGGGGCAAAUUAUUUCCAUACAUGACUUCAUUUCGUACCGCUUAGGGUUGAGGUGAAGAAAAAAAAAGUGCGAUCAGGGACACCGAAAUCCGCUGACGAUGGGAAUCGCUCAAGAUGCCGCCCGACUAAGCUGGCGGAUUUGUAUUAUCCUAAUCUGCUAAGGGUUAUGCAGAUCCGUUACAAAGAAUACGAACCGCGAGAGAGAGAAACGACGAAACAGAAUAGCAGCCUUCCGGGCAACAGUUGCCGUUUUUGGUACCAGAUGUGAAUUAGAAUUAGCGGGCCCCACACUUUGGCACCCACAGCCAGCCAGCCGGAAUGUGUCACCGGCAUGUGAAUAGGGUAAAGUGAAAAAAAAAGCAAACAGCAAUAAUAGGAAAUAAUUAAUUCGAACGGAUAAAUCUAAAUUGUCGAACGAACAAGUGAAAACUAUUUCGGAUCCGGGUGAGCAAAAAUUGCUCCGGCAUCGGUUCCUGCGGCGGGGGGAUAAAACGGAACACGGCCUAUCUCGGUCCGGGUACGAACCGAAACUUGCGGCAGCACGAGGAAACACGGUCGGGAAACAUGCAAAAUGAAUACAACAUGUGCAUGACCAUUCUGUUGCUGAUCGUCGGUUCUGUACGAGCGGAGCACCUGUUAUUCUCGGAUUGCGGAAUCCGUACCUCUCGUAGACAACCGCGAAGCAGCAGCCAAAACAGCAACCACCACAACAACAACGACUGGAGUAACUACUACAACCGAAGUACGUCACAGCAGCAAGGAGACGGCCAAUCCGAGCAGCUGGAAGCUAGCGAAUCGGACGGACCGAGUAGGAAUCCCAAGAUAAUGCACGGAACACCGACCCUGGAAGGGCAGUACCCGUGGCAGGUUUCACUCGAACUGCUUCAUCCCUCGUACGGAUUUAUCGGGCACUGGUGCGGUGGUGUUUUGAUCGACCGGAACUGGGUCCUUUCGGCGGCACACUGCAUUCACAAUGAUCUGUUCAAUCUUCCACUGCCUGCCUUGUGGACCGUGGUUCUAGGAGAAUACGACAGGUCUCGGGAGUCCGGUUACGAGCAACGAAUUCCAGUAGACAAAAUAGUUCUGCACGAAAAGUACCACAACUUCAAGCAUGAUCUUGUGCUCCUCAAACUGAACAGGCCGGCCAACAUGGCACCGAACGCUCGGGUGAAGAAAAUAUGCCUACCGUUCGCGGACAUCAAAGUCAACAGCGUUGCGUACGAUCCGCGGCCGGAACUGGACCGCACGAGAACAAAAGCCAACGGUGGUACGCUCUUCUUCUACGACUAUCUCGGGCGGCCACCGGAGUCCGCUGGUGAUGUCACUGCCGGAGGGAGCACCGAAGACGAUGAAACCCGAGGGGAAGUGGGCACGGAGCCCAACUUUCCGGAACCACUCUGGGAACGGGACGAUAAUUAUCUGCGACGGUUGCGGCUGCUAGGCGAAAGUCCCGAACGGCCGCGAACCGCGCAGCUUGUUGUAAAUCGAUUGGUACGGGAACAAUUGCAUCGAAAAAGCAAUUCAACAGCAACUGCUGCACACAGAAGGUCGUUCCGCCGGGGACGACGGUUAUACCAAUCCUCGGAAUCCGAUGAUGACGACGAUAACGGCGGUGAAUAUUAUGGUACGGAUGGGAAUCGCCGUGGGACCCGCCACGGUGCCAAACGACGACGGAACGAUAAAUUUGCCCACGGGGGUUUCUACCGACGGGAUCACUAUCGGAACGAGUUCGUCGAUGAAGAUGACGACAAUGGCAGUAGUAGCAGCACCAACAGCGCUGGAAUCAGUGCCAUUCCUGAUACGACCCAGUACGUGGACUGCCUGGCAACAGGUUGGGGCAAAUCGACAAUCGAUGAUGAAUUAACUGACAUCCUGCUGCAGACGAAGGCCCCCAUCCAGAAUAGUAAAAAAUGUGAAAAGGCGUACGGAGAUUUCAUCCGACUACAUCGUGGCCAUCUCUGUGCGGGGAAUCUCGACGGAACCGGCGGAACUUGUGUGGGUGACUCGGGAGGUCCGCUGCAGUGCCGCAUCACCAAGCAUGGCCCCUGGAUUCUAGUCGGAAUAACUUCGUUCGGGUCGGGAUGUGCAUUCAAGGACUAUCCGGACGUGUACACCAAGAUCUCGUUCUACCGCCAGUGGAUCAUGGACACCAUACAGGCCAACUAGGCGGACGGAGCCGGAGGCAAACGAGGCAGACAGUCAAGACGGAAUCGAUCAAUCCGAAACAAUCGUCCAACAUUUGUGGACUUUGUCGUUCGUCGUUUGUUGUGCAGUCAAUUGAAAACGUUUGGUUUUCAGAAGUUGAAAUGUGAGAAACAAGACAAACAAAAAUAAAAAUUGUGAUAUUACUUUUACAUCGAAGGAACGGCGGUCGAAUUCGACAAUUUUCAUUAAAAUAUUCCGUUCAGGAGUAAAGUAAAGGAUUCCUACUAUUAACUAUAACCCAACUAUCGAACGCAUGUAGAAACCCUCGUGGACAGAGCCUAGAAAAAGCUAACAUAAUACCAUAAGCUUCCCAUAGCAUGCUCUACGCCAACCGACACACCAAGAAUAAUCAGUUAACUAAACCCCUCGGUUCGGUUUCGAUUCGUUCACGUAUUUAUUUGUGUUCAUAACAGUUUUUCUCCGUACUGCCAUUUUCAAUCCCCAACGGAAGCUCGUGGUUUCAGCAUGCACCCGACCCCGCCGGUACUUUUCAGUUCCGCGUUUUUUUUUUUUCUUCCGUUGACUGUUACCGCCGGUUUUUACACACUGGACGUUUAUUUGUUUUUAUUGAGUUUUUUUAUGACACACACCCGCUUGAAAUUAUUUGCUAGUUAUUUGUAGUUAUUAUAUUUGGUGUAAAAAAAGAGUUGUUAGUAGCAGUUUUUUUAGCGACCGGACGAGAAUGUUAAUUGUUGGUGCAGGAUGAAAGUUUAGUCUAUUGCGGUAAGAUUUUGCUGAGUUACCUGAAUUCAAUUAGCUUUUAGAAUCACGGAACGGAGUUUCAGCUGAGGUGAACCAUUGUAAAAUUUUGAUUUCAGUAUGCUUUCGUAUAAGCACUGUGA